AUGGCCCGGGAUCUGCUGCCUGAGCUCGCCUGCAGUGUGUACGAAGUUGACGUUGGCGACGCCGAUGACCGCGCCGCGGCCGCGGCCGCCGCCAGCGGCGACGCACGCGACGCGUGGGCAGCGGCGGCGGCGAGCGGCGGCGGCGGGGGGCCGCUGCGAGGGGUAGGGGGCGGCAGCGGGCUGGGGCGGGCGCCUGCGUAUAUUGCAGUCGUGGACGCAGCCGGGGACGAGGACUUUCUUGACCUGGUGCGCACGUCCCUACUGAGCGUGCUGGACGCUCUGCCCCGCACUGCGCUGUUCGGACUGGUCACGUUCUCAGACCGCAUCGGCCUCUGGGAUGUCAGAGGCGGCGCGCCGCUGGUGCGCUGCCUGCCGGUCCUUGAGGGCCAGCCGCUGUUGGUGCCGCUGGAAGACGUGCUGCCGCUGGCGGCGCUGCUGGCGCCGGCGCUCGACCUCAUCGCAACAGAGGCCCCCAUGCAGCCGCCGACGCUGCAGCCGCCCAGCACGGAGCGUAACCGCAGCCACAGCCCCGACCGUGUGGGGCCCGGCGGAGGCGCGGACGAGGGGGGGCAGCGCAGGGCACUGGGGCCCGCGUUGCAGGCGAUCAUUGAGUACCUGGACGCUGCCAACGCGCCGCCUACAGGCGCGUCUGGCCACGCGCCCCACGCGCCGCCGUUCCUUGGGCAGGCCCACCUGCUGCUGAUGAUCUCAGGGCCUUCCAACAUCGGGCCCGGCCGCACGCUGCUGCCAGAGUCCGAGGUAGCCGCGGCCGCGGCCCCGCAUUCGGCAGGCCUGACGGGCGAAGGCGGGGCCGACACGGCGGGCGGCGGCGCGGCCGCACGGAGCCGCGCGUUUUACGAGCAGGCGGCGGUGGCAGCGGCGAGCGUGGGGGCGUGCGUCGACGUGUUUGCGGUGGCGGGCGUGACGGUGGGGCUGCAGCAAAUGGAGCCACUGUGCAGCGCAACCGGCGGCUGCAUGUUCCUUUACCCGUCAGCAGAGUCUGCCUCGCUGCCGCAGGACCUCGUCAGGCGUCUCGCCGCCGGCCGCGGCUACGGCGGCCUCCUGCGCGUCCGCACAUCCCCCUCGCUCCGCGCCGCCCGCUGCUACGGCCGCGCCUUCGCCGACGGCGGCGGCGACGCGGGGCUGUUUCACGUGCCCUCGGCCGACGCGGGGACGGCUAUCCUCGUCGACCUCGAAAACGUCGAAGCCGGCGUUGUCGACCAGUCUAGGGAGGCCCUGAACCGCCCCGUGUACGUCCAGGCUGCCUAUCAGUACACGCGAGUAGUGGGGGUGCCGCUGGGCAGCGGCCUCGCGGGCAGCCGUCCGGGCAGCACACAGGCGCUGCCCGUGGCCGCGGACCAGGGCGGCGGUGGCGGCGCGGGCGGCAGCAGCGCGAGCCUUGCGUCGAUGGCGGGCGGCGGCGGCGGGGCGCGGCCUUUUGAGGUGCAGCGGCGGCUGAGGGUCGCCACUUUCAGGCUGUCGCAGGCUCACGCGCCAACUGAUAUCUACGCGGCCGUCGACGCCGCCGCCACCCUGGCGGCGCUCACCCACAAGAUCGGUCGCGCGGUUACGCAGCAGGGGGUGGUGCAGGCGCGGCCGGUGCUGCGCGACUGGCUCGUCAUAUUCGCCGCCAACCGCCACAGGAACCUGCACCCCAGGGCGUCGGCGCAGGAGUUGCUGCAGAUGCCGAUCGACCUGUCCUUCCCGCAGCACCCCGCCCUCCGCCCCCUGCCCCGCGCCGUCUACGCGCUCCUCCGCAGCCCCCUCCUCUCCCCGGCCGCCCAGGCCCACCCCGACCUCACGGCGUACCUGCACCACCUCUGGGGCGGCCUGCCCGCGCGCGAGCUCUCGCGGGCCGUGUACCCCGAGCUCUCCGCCUGGGCGGGUGCCGACUCGCUGAUCGCGACCGGCCUGGACCUUUCAAAAGCGUCGCUGACGUCAUCGGGACGUCAUCGGCAGCCGCCGGAGGGUGAUGGCGGUGGUACUGCGGCGGCGGGGGCUGGAGAGGCGACCGUGUGGGUCCUGGACGCGUACAUUCUGAUAUUGGUGCUGUACAAGCAGGGGAUCACCAGCAUCGGGCAGCAGCAGCAGCAGCAGCAGCAGUGGGCGCCACCCACCACAAGCCUGCUGUGGCAGACGAUCGCCAAGACGCGGCAGGCACGCCGCGUGACGCCUCACGUGGAGGUGGUGGCUGAGGGCAGCGAGGGCGCGGCGCUGUUCGAGUCGCUCCUGAUAGACGACCCAGACCCGGAAGAGGAGGGGCAGGAUGCGGGCGCCGGCGGCGACGCCGGCGGCGGCAACCACGGCGACGGCAGCAGCAUGGGGCGGCCGCCGGCGCAGCUCGGCGGCCGGGCUGGGUUUGAGCAGCACGUCCGGGCGGAGGUGGCGCUGCAGCUGCAGGGAUGA